AUGCAGGUCCCAAAGGUAACUCUGAAUGACCUCCAAGCCUUCCAAUCUCAGCAUUUCCCUGGCCAACAGCUGGCUGUGUUUCCCCAAGAAAAUGACCAGCCCACAGACGAGGAUCUCGGAUAUUACCCAGACGGAGUGAAGCGCACACUCACAGAUGAGCAGAUUCGGAUCUUCAGACAUAGCGAAAUCCAUGCCCUGCUACGAGAGAGGCAGCUCCAGGCUGAUGAGGAGCAAUACCAAGCUCGGAUGCAAACAUCUCUAGACGAUGGAUCCGGGGGUAAACCAGACGCUGCGCCGGAGAAGCGACCGCUAGACUCUGAGUCUCAGAUGCAAGGCGGGGAUCAGAAGCGGUUGCAGUCACGGAAGGUGUCUAAGAAACACACUCCGGAGGAGAAGUCUUCAAAGCUCCUGGACUACGGGGACGACUCUGAUCAAACAAAAAUGGCAAGGCCACCUGUGUCCCAAAUGCCCUACCAAGGGCGCAGGAUUAUUUCCUACGAUGACUGA